AUGGCAAAUGAAUAUAUUCAGCGAAUGAAUAGAUCGAUUGGAACUGAAACUGAAUUAUUCAUUGACUGGUUUUGUGUGCGUAGUUCAGUAUGCGAUGACGAAGCAAGUGGACGGCAUUACGGUGUUGUAGCGUGUUUCGGUUGCAAAGGCUUCUUCAGAAGAACGGUUCGAGCCGGCAAACAUUACAUUUGCAGAUUUGAGCAAAAGUGUAGAAUUGAUAAAGCUGGUCGAAAUGUUUGCCGAUCGUGUCGUUUCCAGAAAUGCUUACAAGUUGGUAUGGAACCCGAUGCAAUCCGGCCAGAUCGUGACAAAACUGGUCGUCAGCGAAAUCCACGUCGAGGUAGUAAUCUUGUAAGCGUUGCAAAUACGCUGGCCGCCUAUGAGGAGAACGUCAAUGUGACGACGACGGAUAACAGUGAUAGUAAAACAAAGCGGACUAGUGGCAGUGAUAAUAAUAAUGCCGUGUCAGAGUCAGGCGCAGGCGCAGGUGGAUGUGCAGCAGCAAGCAUAAGGGCCAAGAAAGGUGGCACUGGUUUUGGGCGAGCACUUGAGAGCACCCAACGAGAACGUUACAGUGAACAACAGUCGUCAGCAUGCUCAUCACCGGCAUUGAUAACGGCUGAUAAUCGUGAUGAAAGUAACAGUACUACUAAAUCAUUAUUGUAUCAGCAGCAAAUGUCAGAGAUAGGAAGUGAUGUGAUGAGUGAUGAUGCAACCACCACUUCAAUAUCAUCGUCUGAUUCCGUUCAGUUGACGACGACGACGGCCACGGCCACGGCCACAAUGCCGGCCUAUCGAGCGAUUAUGAACGGUGAUGAGUCGAUUCUGCCGACUCUGUGCGAGAUCGAACGUAUCUGCAAUCAGCUGCGUGAUGCAAACCCACUGCAAGUGCAGCAAAAGCAAAAGCAAAUUACUUUAGAAGACGCUGUUUUGAGGCCAUCUCUAGUAACUGCACGAUCUGCACUAUGUUUUGAUGCGUUCCUUGGAAUUGGGCACUGUAAAGAUUGUUUGGAAUGUAUGAAACGAUUGACUGUGUUGCUGCUGGACUAUGUGAAUACGUUAAAGCCAAUUGCAGAUCUAGUUUUGUCGGAAAAAGUGAAUAUAAUCCGACAUUGUCUCACACAAUUUAUAUUGCUAAUAAUAUCAUAUGGAACGAUUCGAUUCACUGAAGAUACGAAUUUAAUUUUGCUCUCGAAUGGUCGCUAUUUGCAUCGAGAUAUCGUUGUGCAGUUGGUGAAUAGUUGUGAUUGUGGGGCGAGUAGUCGUUGUUGUGGUGCUGCUGAUAGUGAUAAUAAUAGUGCUGGUGAUAAUUAUAAUAAUAAUGAUAAUAAUAAUAUGAAAGUGGGCGGAAUGUCGAUGUUGAAUGCACGUAUUAGUUUAAUGAAACGAAAAGUAUUGGAAGAGGUGAUAAUGCCAAUGCGUCGACUUGUGCUGAGUGACUAUGAGAUGGUGGCGUUGAAAGCGAUCAUUUGCUUGGACUCGAAUGCGAGACGCAUCAACAGGACGAGUGCUAACCUGCUCGAUAUCGCUAGAGAGUCGGUGCAGAUGGCACUCUACAGUCAUCUGCUUGGACGGUAUUCACCACCUGAAGCACUCACCAGAUUCGGCAAUGUUUUAUUGCUGCUUUCGAAUAUUUCGCGAGCUAGUAUGUCAAUGAUAGUGUUAUUUCAAGUGAUGCGUAAAUCGUGGUCAGCAUUCUCAAGCGAAAGUAUUUUCAGUGAAUAUGAGGGGAUUUCGUCGAUUCUCGAUGGUAUUCUUUUCAAUGAUUUUGACGAUGAUGAACCUUAA